CUCUGUCGAAAGUUUCACCUCCGGUCGCUGGUUUCCUCCAAUCUCCGUGGUAGUUCAGCGCGAGCGGGCGGCGGGGUUUGAGCUCGAUGGUCACUUCCGGCGAACAAUCGGCUGGCGGCGGGUCUGCGGCGAGGGCGUCGAAGCUGCGGUACCCGCUGCGGUCGGCGAGCAAGGGGAAGGCGGCGGUCGUUUCCCCGGCGGCUGAUGCUCCUCCCACCAUCUCUGCUCCGCGACGGGCAAAACCAUCUUCAGAUGUCAGCAAGAGCAUGUGUUUAGACCUUUCUGUGAAGGAUAAUUCUGCCAAACCCCCACGGAGGCACUCAAUACAAACCAAGCCAGGAGCUAGCCCAAGGCCAACACCUUCUGGAACUGUGACUCCGGUGUCUGGGGUUCGGUCAAAGAGGUCGGAAAGCCAGGGGAGGUUUGAUACCCCGACAUCAGAAGUGUCCAUGUCCAUCUCAAGGCGCAAGUUCAGCACGCUUUCUUCAAUCUCGUACUGGAUGACACAGAUCAGGCUGGCAGAGGCUGCUUCCAAGCACUCGGUUUCUCUGGGCUUCUUUAAGCUUGCUCUUGAAUCAGAAUGUGAGCCUUUGGACCGGAUGAGGGAAGAACUCAAGUCCUACGUAGCACGGCAUGGCCUGGCGACAGAAUUGGAGGACCCAGUUAAGGACAUUCUCCAGGUUUAUGAUAUUUUGGAUGAUUUUGAGAAGCUGAAGAUCUCUGCAGAGCCCUCACAGCAACCAAAAAAGUCUGACAAGGCUGCUCGUACUGCCACAAAUGCGUCACCGAAUGGUAACCUGAAGCCAAGGUCACUGAACUCUGAUGCUACUGAAAGCAAGGAAGCUGUAAAGAAAGAGAGCAUUCAGAAAGUAAAUCCUGGUGCAAGGAUCAGAGGCUCCUGUAACAGGAAUCCAGUCAAAAACACCACCGCAAAGGAAGCAGUUGCCAAGAACACCGGUAAGGAAACCAAGAAAGGGGCCAAGGGUCAGCAGGAAGUUAGCGAGGCUCCGUCAGCCCUUCCAAAUCAGGAAUCUGCUGAUGUUGUGAAGGAGAUCACCCAUGAAGAUAAAGAGAACAUGGGCGAUAUUGAAAUGGCAGUGGAUGUUGCCGUAGCCCAAGAUAUCUAGAACAGCCGGACCAACUUCAGAUUCGAUCCCCUUUUUUUUCUAUCGCUGAAGAUGAAGUGUUAGCGUGUGGUUGCUUAUUUUGGUUUUCAAUUGUUAAUAUGUUAUUAGUAGAGCUUGUCUGUGUGAUUGCUGUCUGGCUGGACCUUGAACGGUCUUCAAGAGCGUGUCAUAAGUUGAUGAUUGCUUUCAUUCCUCUGUCAAGUUUGCGGCUUUGCAUGUGCUAAUCCGUGCAACUGAAUAUAGUUGAAUUUAUCU